GAGAGCGCAUCAGUCACUCAGCGUGGUGUAGGUGGACGACAGCGAACGGAUGAAAAAAACAAAUCUAUAUUGGGAGAACCCCAGCUGUCAGCGGCAGAAACCUGAACAGGUGGCUCCUUCGGUGUCUUAGCAGAACGUGUCAAGGCGCAGAGACCCUCAACAGCUUGUCUCCUUCGCUAAUCUCCUCUCUGACGACAGCGCAUUUACCCGCUGCGCGUAAAACCAGGAGUACCGGCAGGUUUGGGUUUUGUGGGGGGGAACAGUCUGAUCAGUCAUCGGGAUUUUACUCGCCAGUGUUGAUUCAGUGCUCAUCACGAAGUUGGACUCGCAGAAAGUGCUUUGUUUUUAUUUUACAUUCUGGAUUUGAAGAGUUGGAUAUCAUGACUCUUUCCUGGAUUUUAUAAUUUCUCCUGUGUGUUUUGGAUUGUCAAGGCAGACACUGAAAGACCAGCAUGUUGCCAGAAAUAAAUAACAAGACGUCACGACCGGAGGCCUUCCCUCACCCUCACAGGCUCCCAGCAGAAGGCAACCGUAUUGGAACAAAUCGACCCUGCUCACAGAAGUUCAGCACUGGUGUGGGGACUCUGCCUCAGCUUGAGCCACCGGUGGUCCAGGUGGUGGUCAGCAAUGCCAAAAACCAGCACCAGCAGUCAGACAACAUCCUGCCCCAAAUCGCCAACAAAGGGGGUCAAAACAACUACCAGACACACCCGCAGGACGAGAGGCCGAAGCCCGCUCAGCAGUUCGCCAUGCGCUUUGGUGCAGCGAUGGAUAAAGUGUCCGUCUCCCGCAACAGCAAGAUCUUCAGCAACAAGCUGGAGAAAGAGAGAGAAUAUGAAGGACAGAGGCUACCCAUGUCUCCAAUAGAUGCACUGAAGAACUUCCAAGACCGCCUGACGGAGUUCGAGCAGGAGGAAAUCAUGGACUAUGCAGAGAUCUGGUUCCUGGGUCUGGGUUCCCAGAAAAUCGAGGGUUCCCAGGGAGCACCGCAGAACUCUGGAUAUGAUGACGAGCACGGGAGCUACAUCAGGGUGCUGCACGACCACAUUGCCUACAGGUUUGAAGUCCUUGAAGUGAUUGGGAAAGGCUCCUUCGGGCAGGUCUUGAAAUGUCUGGACCACAAGAACAACGAACUCGUAGCAAUCAAGAUGAUCCGCAAUAAGAAAAGGUUUCAUCACCAGGCUCUGGUCGAGCUGAAGAUCCUGGACGUCAUCAAGAGGAAAGACAAAGACAACCUCCACAACGUCAUCCACAUGAAGGAGUACUUCUACUUCCGGAACCACCUGUGCAUCUCCUUUGAGCUUCUGGGGGUGAACUUGUACGAGCUCAUCAAAAAAAACAACUUCCAGGGCUUCAGCAUCGCUCUCAUCCGUCGGUUCGCUCAUGCACUUCUCAGGUGCCUGCAGAUGCUUCACAGGGAGAAGAUAAUCCACUGCGACCUCAAACCGGAGAACAUCCUGCUGUCUCAGAGAGGGCCGGGGAACAUCAAGGUGGUCGACUUUGGGUCGAGCUGCUACGAACAACAAAGAGUUUACACCUACAUCCAGAGUCGCUUCUACCGCUCUCCAGAGGUCAUCCUGGGUCACCCCUACAGCAUGGCCAUCGACAUGUGGAGCCUGGGCUGCAUCCUGGCCGAGCUCUACACCGGCUAUCCUCUGUUCCCUGGAGAGAGCGAGGUGGAGCAGAUAGCCUGCAUAAUGGAGGUUCUUGGAAUGCCUCCGAAUGAUUUCGUUCAGUCGGCAUCGAGGAAGAGGCUGUUCUUUGACUCAAAAGGCAACCCGAGGAACAUCACCAACAGCAAGGGGAAGAAGCGUCGACCCAACUCCAAGGAGCUGUCGGUGGCACUGAAAACUAACGACGCUUUGUUCUUAGACUUCAUCAAAUGCUGCCUCACUUGGGAUCCGACUAAGCGUAUGACUCCAGAUGAGGGGCUGCAGCACGAGUGGAUCCUGGAAGGAAAUUUCAACAAAGUCAGACCCAGAACGAAGCCCACGGUGAAGAAAACCUCCGACAGUUCGACCAGCACAGACAGACAAGCUAACGGCAAGCCUGGGGAGAAGGUCGGCUCGGAGAGGGACGGUUCGGCAGCAGGAACAAAGAUGGAGCCUGCCGAGCGGCUUCGGCCCAUCGGGGCUUCGGCGGAGGAGGAGGUGUGCGAAAGCGAGGGCAAGCUGUCCGUAGACGCCAAGCAGCUGGAAGGCAACGGAGAGAGGCCCGUUCACAUCAUCAUAAAGCCUCAGGAGGAAGUGGGCAGGGAGAGGAAAGACAGCCAGGAAGCGUCCCCGUGUUUGCCUCCUAUCAUGUAACCGUCAUGUGGACAAGCAGGGAGCUGCUCGGGUCCCACACCAUGUAUGUGGGAGACACACUGAUCACCAGUGAGGUGGGGCAUCUUCUAUUUGUUGUUCUAGGUAUACAGUCAUAGCAUAUUAUUUUUGUUCUGUGAAUCUUUGAGUUUUUACCACAGUGAAGUCAACCAGUUGUAUUUUGUAAUGAAGUUAAGAUGCAGUUUUCGGCCUCAGUGUGUCCCGGCUGAGACACCAAACUGUCGGGUUUAGAUUCACAGCACAGCGUUUAGUUUCUGCCGUCACUGUCUUCUGUAUUAUCUGCUGAAUCCGAUCUUUGCUGUGCAUUGAAAGUCUCCAACAAACAAAUCAGACUCCUCACAGGUUCCAUAGCAAACAAAAGCAACGUAGCCGGUUUCAGAAAGUGCAUGGGUAGAAAAAAAACAUGUCAUCGCUUUUUAUUCUUUAGACAUUUUAGCCUCAUUUUACUUUGAUAACGGUAAAAGAGAUGAAGCAUCGUGUGCAAUAAAGGCUGAGCCAAAUGUUGUUGUUUUUUUUCUUUUUUUUUAAAUUACGAUAAAUUGUCCUGUACUUUUUAAUUGUAGAAUGAAGGUGAUGCUGAUUAUUAAUUAUUUCACUUAUUUAUUGUGGAAUAUCUUUGAUCCUGUGUUUCAUAUUUAUUUAACAGUUUAACUCAACAACCAAAAAAAAAUAAAAAAUGAUGUAUUUGUAAUAGAAUUUAUUGUAUAUAUAUUUCUGCUGUAAUUUCUUAUACACGUGUACCACAGAACAUAUUUUAAGAAAACUAUUUCAGAUAUGUGUUGAGGACUUAGACAAGGUUUUACUUGUUGUGCUGUUACUGUACGAGAAUAUUUUGUAUGUCUGUGUUAUUCCUAAUAUUUUUUAUAUUAGAAUCAAAAAGACAAUCCUAUUAUUGAUAGUUUGUGCCUUGCAGUAUUAGAAAUAUUGCACUUUAUUAUUGUGUGUGUAGACCUGGGUUGGAAAGCGUCACAUUCUUCACACUACCUUUGCCAGGAUCCCUUUUUAUUUAGCAAAAUGACGUCCCACAUCUAACGUUGCAGAACAUCAUGAAACCAUUAAUGCGCUUUUUAUAACUGAUUUGUUUUUUUUUAGUCGCCAACGGAGCUCCAAGUUAAACUCAAGAUAGGCCUCACUAUGUAUUAGCUAAGCAACCGGAGAUCCCAUGAGAAUGGAUUGUAGCUGAAAUAUGAAGAAAAGUCAUUUUUAUGUCUUUUAUGAUGAAAUUAAAAGUUGUUUCAAAGAC